ACUGUCCCUAGUACGUCAAUCUAGAGAGCGUCUAAUCAUUUGGUCGGACUGGUCGGAGUCACAUGUUAUUGGAGUUGGAGUAGAGAUCGUAGUUGGAGGUUAAUUUGUCCCGGGACGGGAUAUUUAAUUAUUUAAAGAAGUUAUAACCUCAAUUCACUGGUGCAUCGCAUUCGCUGAGUGCGGACAAAAAAGUAUUUGAGAGUUAUUGACAAAAUUAAUUCUUGUGCUAACACAUAAAUGUAUUCUGAUCAUAAAUCCGACUAAUUGGAUGUUCUACUGGUCGCGUCGGUCACGGGCAAAUCGCUACAUUAAGUGAGAGAAGAUUUAUAACCUAAAAAUGGAGCGUACUCGUGACGCAAAUACUUGGAUCAUGGAGCACACCGAGCGCACUAAGCCAUUUUUUCUAACAGUCACACAACGUAUAUUCAGUAAUUGGACCGCACUAAAAUUGGCGGUGGAGCACAACAUGGGUUCAGUAGAAAGCGCAAGGGAAUUUUGUUCAUAUAUAACGGAUGUGCUGUAUAUGAAUGACGAACUGGCCAGCAGUCAGAUUGCCGAUGAACUAGACGAUUACAUGGACGAUCAGUUUAGCACAGAAGUGCAGGACGACAGCAGUGUGCAAGUAGCGGAGGAGUUAUUGAGAUUUUAUCGGUAUUGCAAGGAAAGCAACGAGUCUGUGGCAAAAACGGAAUUUGAAAAAUUACCACCAUUGCAGUCGUGGUUGAAUUCGAAGCUACCCGCUCAGCCUGCUCAUUCUUCUCUGCCAGUUAAACACGAGUCUAGCAGCUUGGACGAGGAUAUGGACAUCGAUAGGGAUGAGCAGGAGAAAGAUGGAUGGACAGUGGUCACGAACAGGCGAGGCAAAUAAUUUCGUGUAGUUCCUUUUGUAUGAAAGAUAUUUUUAUUUAGCGGUUUUAUUCAAUGUAUAUGUAUAAAAGAAUGGAAAGACAUGUGAGAGAAGAAAGAGACGUAUAACGUCGUGACAUAAUAUGCGCACAUUCGUACUCCACAAUCGUACGAAUUCCAGUGCGCUACAAUUAUCUACAAAAAUAUUUUUACCUAAGCAGCCUUUUGAAGCAUUGCUAAACGUCAUUUAGCAAUUGCGUCUUCUGUAUCUGCAAAGGAAAAAUAAAAAGGCGUGAAUUCGUUUUUGUUAAAAAAA